AUGUCUAACAGGUAUGUGUCAGACACCCAAGAGAUACCCAAGAGAGAAAAAGACAAACGCAGGUUUCCCAGUAUCUCCUACCAGUACCAUCAAGGGUUCCCAGGUUUGCCCAAUAACCAGGAGGUGGACAUUGUGUAUAUACUGAAUAUGGAGAUGAUAAAGAUGUUCCACAGGCUUAGCUGCUUUCUCCUCUCCAAGGCAUGGAUCUUGUGCUCCAUAACUAUACAAGUUUGCUCCUCCUUGGACUCCGGUAUGGGCUGCAGCCUGCCCAGUGAGAGCACCACCGGCUCUCUGAGUCGCCCAGGAGAUAUUAUUAUAGGAGGAACCUUCCCUAUUCAUUUGGACAGAGUCUACAAUACACUGGAUUUCUCCACCAAGCCCCCAGAGCUACAGUGUCAGAUGUUUGGGGUUGAGUAUUACCAGAGCAUGCAGGCCUUUAUAUUCGCUGUAGAGGAGAUCAAUUCCGAUCCUGAGCUUCUCCCCAACGUGACGUUGGGCUUUCGGAUCUUUGAUACCUGUACGACGUUGCGGCGAGCGGCACAAGGGGCUUUAUGGAUGCUCUCUCAAGGCCAAGAGAUCACCCCCAAUUAUUAUUGUCACCAGGAGGCACCCCUUGCCGGUAUCAUUGGGGACUGUGGCUCGACUCGCUCAAUUCUUAUCUCCCAUAUCUUGGGACUGUACCGAUACCCACAGAUCAGUUAUUUGGCAACCAACCCCAUCUUAAGCGAACGUGACCUGUUUCCUUCCUUUUUUCGCACCAUCCCUAGUGAUGAAUAUCAAAUGAGAGGCCUGGCCCAGUUGGUCCUCCAUUUUGGUUGGACUUGGGUUGGCCUUUUAGCCAAUGAUGAUGACUACGGUCAGUUUGGACUUCAGAUCGUAAAGCAGGAGCUAAUGAAUGCUGGGGUUUGUGUGGCCUUCUCCGAGAAUAUAUUGACGGGUCAGCCGGAUAGGAAUGCUCCUCACCUUGUCCAGGUGAUUAGAGAGUCAACCACAAAGGUUGUAGUAGUAAUAGCCUCUGAUUCUGACUUUGUUAUUGUGGUGGAAGAGUUGUUCAGGAAGAACGUGACUGGGAAUAUCUGGGUGGCCAGUGAAGCUUGGGCAGCUUCUACUCUACUCUCCCAACAACGUUUCCAAGCUGUUUUAGUGGGCGCCGUUGGUUUCGCCAUACACAGUAGACAAAUGCCAACAUUUACCAAGUAUCUCCACACCCUCAUGUCAUCGAAAUAUCCUAAUGAUUCCUUCAUUGGGGAAUUUUGGGAGCAAACAUUCUCGUGUAAGUGGCUCAGUCAGAAGGAACUGAUUCGGGGAGCUACGACACCGCUGUGUACGGGGAAUGAGAAGCUGGAGAGCAUCCUUCCUAUAGAAGAUCAGAGACUUCUCUACCAUAUGAAAAAUGUAUACUUCAAGGCUAAAGAUGGCAGAGAAGUAUUUUUUGAUGCAGAAGGGAACCCCCCAGCUGUCUACGACAUUGUGAAUUGGCGCCUGGAUGCCACGGGGGCACUGGAGCAGUUUACUGUUGGCAGUUACGACCUAAAUGCCCCUGAUGGGAAGAUGCUAAAGGUAGACAGCGAUGCUAUCACAUGGGCCAAUAAUGAUACUCAGGUCCCCCUUUCCAAGUGCAGCCCAAGUUGUCCUCCUGGAUUUCACAAGGUGAUAGUGCCGGAGAAACCUCAGUGCUGCUACGUUUGCUCGCGGUGCCCCCUGGGACAGAUUUCAAGCCAAACAGAUGCUGCGGAAUGCCAUCCAUGUUCCUGGGACACAUGGCCCAAUCUACAGCAGGACAGAUGCCUACCAAGGCCUACAGAGUUCCUUUCCUAUGGAGAUCCUUUGGGUUACAGCUUAGCAGCCAUUUCCAUCUCUUCCACACUUGCCCCACUUGUCGUUCUCAGAAUUUUUAUUUGUAAUAAUAAAACCCCAAUAGUCCGAGCCAACAACUACUCCCUUAGCUGCCUUCUCCUGCUUUCCCUGUUCCUCUGUUUCCUUUGCUCUUUGGGGUUCAUUGGUUACCCACAGCCUGAAAAGUGCCUUCUGCGCCAGGUGGCAUUUGGGAUGGUUUUUGCCCUCUGCAUCUCCUGUGUUCUGGCCAAAACCAUCACUGUUGUCAUUGCCUUUAAUGCAACCAAACCCGGCAGCAGGUUAAGAAAGUGGACAGGGGUGAAAGUGUCCUACAACCUCCUUGUAUUUUGUGUAUUUAUUCAGUUAUGUGUGUGCACAGUGUGGCUAACCCUUUCUCCUCCCUUCCAUGAACUUGACACUGACACACAACCUGGAAUUAUUAUUGCUAAUUGCAAUGAAGGCUCUCCCGCAGCUUUCUGGUGCAUGCUGGGAUACCUUGGUCUCUUGGCCACCAUCAGUUUCAUUGUUGCCUUCUUGGCCAGACGCCUCCCUGACAGUUUCAAUGAAGCCAAAUAUAUCACAUUCAGUAUGUUGGCUUUCCUCAGUGUGUGGGUGUCCUUUAUCCCAGCCUAUCUCAGUGCCCGGGGCAUGUAUACUGUGGCAAUGGAGGUCUUUGCCAUCCUUUCUUCCAGUUGGGCUUUGUUGGGCUGUAUCUUUGUGCCAAAAUGUUUUAUUGUAAUUUUUAGACCCACCAAGAACUCCAAAGAACAGGUAUUGGGCAGAGUCAGAGGCAAAAAAUAA